AUGAAUGGAGCCGUAGAAGCAACCAACAAGAAUAUCAAGAGGAUAUUGAGGAAACUGAUGGAUAAUUAUAAAGGCUGGCACAAGCAGUUGCCUUAUGCUUUACUGGGAUACCAUACUACGGCCAGAACUUCAACAGGAGAAACUCCAUAUUUGUUAGUCUACGAUACUAAAGUAGUCAUACCCGCCGAAGUUGAGAUACCUUCUUUGAGAAUCAUUCAAGAAGCCGAGCUGGAUAAUGCUGAAUGGGUCCGAGCUCGAUAUGAGCAGUUGGCUUUAAUCGACGAGAAAAGGAUGGUCGCCCUAUGCCACGGUCAACUAUACCGCCAAAAGAUGGUAAGAGCCUUCAACAAACGAGUCAGGGCUCGACUCUUUCAAAUUGGGCAACUGGUGCCCAGAAGGAUUUUCCCACAUCAAGAUGAAUACAAAGGAAAAUUCGCUCCCAACUGGCAAGGUCCCUACAUGGUCCACAAAGUACUCUUCGGAGGAGCUGUAGUACUGGCAGAAAUGGAUGGACAAGAGUGGCCAAAGCCGAUCAACUCAGAUGCAACCAAGCGCUACUAUGCAUGA